UCUCCGUCAAACGCGCACGCACCGGGAUCAGACUUUCCGCGUCCGCGGAUCCAUUCGCGCGUUUCGGAAUCGCUCCGCGCUAUCUGCGCGCCGCCAGCGCCUGGCGGGCACCGCCCCUCCCCACGCGGCUGUCAAUCACGUCACGCCGGGGGGGUCCGUCCAGUGAGCGCGGGGGAGAGCGAAUGGCGCGCCGGGCCAGGGCGGAUCUGCACACGCGGGGAGAAACGACGCCGGUUCGCGAGGAUGGAAGGUCGCCGAUUAUCGCAUCGUCGCUCUGAAUAGCUCGACAGCCGAGAUGAUGUGCGAGGUGAUGCCGACCAUCAGCGAGGGGGACUCGGCCGGUCCCCCGAGGGGAAUCGGCGGCGGCAGCGGCGGCGGCGUCCCGAACGGCUCCGAGCAGGAGGCCAACUUCGAGCAGCUGAUGGUCAACAUGCUGGACGAGAGGGACAAGCUGCUGGAGUCCCUCAGGGAGACCCAGGAGACCCUCAUCCAGUCCCAGAGCAAACUGCAGGGGGCGCUGCACGAGAGGGACGCGCUGCAGCGGCAGAUCAACGCGGCGCUGCCUCAGGAGUUUGCCACCCUUACCAAGGAGCUGAACAUAUGUCGAGAGCAGCUGCUGGAGAAAGAGGAGGAAAUAUCGGAGCUGAAAGCUGAAAGGAACAACACCAGGCUGCUGCUGGAGCACCUGGAGUGUUUGGUGUCUCGUCACGAACGCAGUCUCAGGAUGACAGUUGUGAAAAGGCAGGCCCCGCCGCCAUCUGGAGUCUCCAGCGAGGUGGAGGUCCUCAAAGCCCUCAAGUCACUGUUUGAACAUCACAAGGCUCUGGAUGAAAAGGUGCGCGAGAGGCUUCGCGUGGCUUUGGAGAGGGUGUCCACCCUUGAGGGACAGCUAUCAGCUACCACACAAGAGCUGAACAUGGCGAGACAAAGGAAGGACGGCGACUCGGUGGAGCGGACAGAUGGAUCCAAACCUCCAUGGAAGCGACUACCCAAUGGCUCCAUCGACGUUCAUGAUGACGGCAGUCGGGCCUCUGAGCUUCAGGAGCUGCUGGAUAGGACCAAUAAGGAGCUGGUCCAGACCCGCGAGCACUCGGCGUCGCUCAACGGACGCAUGGCCGAGCUGGAGGCCGAGCUGGCAAGCGCACGGCGUGAGCUCAGUCGCAGCGAGGAGCUGUCAAUCAAGCAGCAGAGAGAGCAGAGGGAGAGAGAAGACAUGGAGGAGAGGAUCACCACUUUAGAGAAACGUUACCUGGCUGCCCAGAGGGAAACCACACACAUCCACGACCUCAACGACAAGCUGGAGAACGAGCUGGCCACGAAGGACUCUCUGCACAGACAAAGCGAGGAGAAGGUGCGUCAGCUGCAGGAGAUGCUGGAGAUGGCCGAGCAGAGGUUGGCGCAGACCAUGAGGAAGGCCGAGACGCUGCCAGAGGUGGAAGCUGAGCUGGCACAGCGAGUGGCGGCGCUGUCCAAGGCCGAGGAGCGCCAUGGCAACGUGGAGGAGCGCCUCAGACAGCUGGAGUCCCAACUUGAGGAGAAGAACCAAGAGCUGGCGAGGGCGCGACAGCGGGAGAAGAUGAACGAGGAACACAACAAGCGCUUGUCGGACACGGUGGACCGCCUCCUCACCGAGUCCAAUGAGAGGCUGCAACUCCACCUGAAAGAACGCAUGGCAGCGCUGGAGGACAAGAACUCUCUCAUUCAAGAUCUUGAAAACUGCCAGAAGCAGCUGGAAGAGUUCCACCACACCAGGGAACGUUUAAUUGGUGAGAUCGAGAAACUGAGGAAUGAGAUUGACCAUUUGAAACGUCGCAGUGGAGUGUUUGCAGAUGGAAGUCACCCUCGGUCCCAUCUGGGCAGUGCCAGCGACCUUCGCUUCUCUGUGGUGGAGGGCCAAGAUGGCCACUACAGCACUACGGUGAUCCGGCGGGCACAGAAGGGCCGGGUCUCAGCGCUGCGAGAUGACCCCAACAAGGUCUGCGCCAUAUUGGAGCAGGAUUACCCGUCGCUGCGGGGGAGCGUCGGCCACCUCCUGGGCAGCGACCUGGAGGCGGAGUCAGACCUGGACGACGACGUGAGCUCCACCAUGCUCUCCCCCAGCGGCCAAUCGGACGCUCAGACUCUCGCUCUGAUGCUCCAGGAGCAGCUGGAUGCCAUCAAUGAAGAGAUAAGGAUGAUCCAGGUGGAGAGAGAGUCAGCCGAUCUGCGCUCGGACGAGAUCGAGUCCCGCGUGAACAGCGGCAGCAUGGAUGGGCUCAACGUGACCCUCCGACCCCGGGCGCUGCCCACAUCGGCCACUGCCCAGUCUUUGGCGUCCUCCUCCUCGCCGCCCACUAGCGGCCACUCCACUCCGAAACACCACGGGCGCAACCCAAGCCACCAUCUUGGCAUCAUGACUCUGCCAAGCGAUUUGAGGAAACACCGCAGAAAAGUUGCGUCACCCGUGGAGGUGGACAAAGCGACCAUCAAGUGUGAGACAUCGCCUCCUUCCUCGCCGCGCAGUUUGCGACUGGAGACCAACUUUGCACAGUUUACAGGCAGCCUAGAGGACGGACGAGGCAAACAGAAGAAAGGCAUCAAGUCGUCUAUCGGCCGCUUGUUUGGGAAGAAGGAAAAGGGUCGAUUGGAGCAGACUAUUUGCAGGGAUGGACAGCCCCUCACAGCGUUAACAGUGUUUAUUUCAGAUUUUGAUAUGAACAUUGGCGACACUAUGACGCUGGGAAAACUGGGUACCCAAGCAGAGCGGGAUCGCAGGAUGAAGAAAAAGCACGAGCUUCUAGAAGACGCCAGGAAAAGGGGCGUACCAUUUGCCCAUUGGGACGGCCCGACUGUUGUCUCCUGGCUCGAGCUGUGGGUGGGCAUGCCGGCGUGGUACGUGGCCGCCUGCCGGGCCAAUGUGAAGAGCGGCGCCAUCAUGUCGGCGCUGUCGGACACGGAGAUCCAGCGGGAGAUCGGAAUCAGCAACCCGCUGCAUCGACUCAAACUGCGCUUGGCCAUCCAGGAGAUGGUCUCGCUCACCAGCCCCUCUGCACCGCUCACCUCCAGAACGUCCUCCGGAAAUGUGUGGGUGACUCAUGAAGAGAUGGAGAACCUGGCUUCGUCCUCCAAAGCGGCGAAUGAGGAGGGCAGCUGGGCGCAGACGCUGGCGUACGGAGACAUGAAUCAUGAAUGGAUCGGCAACGAGUGGCUGCCGAGUCUCGGCCUUCCUCAGUACCGGUCCUACUUCAUGGAGUGUCUGGUGGACGCGCGCAUGCUGGACCACUUGACUAAGAAGGACCUGAGGACCCACCUUAAGAUGGUGGACAGCUUCCACAGGGCGAGUCUUCAGUACGGGAUCAUGUGCUUGAAGAGACUCAACUACGACAGGAAAGACUUAGAGCGGCGGAGAGAGGACAGCCAACACGACAUGAAAGACGUGCUGGUGUGGACCAAUGAGCAAGUCAUCCACUGGGUCCAGUCCAUCGGUCUGAGGGAAUACUGCGGCAACCUGUUGGAGAGCGGCGUUCACGGGGCGCUCCUGGCUCUGGACGAGACCUUCGACUACAGCAGCCUGGCCCUCAUCCUGCAGAUUCCCAUGCAGAACACGCAGGCCCGGCAGGUUCUUGACCGGGAGUUCAACAACGUGUUAGCCUUGGGGACCGACCGGCGACUUGAGGAGAGCGGAGAUGACAAGUCCUUUCGACGCUCGCCGUCAUGGCGAAAGAGGUUUCGGGCCCGAGAGGGUGGGGCGGGGCUGGGGAUGAUGGCGGGCUCCAUGGAAACGCUGCCUGCUGGAUUCCGCAUGCCCUCCAUGUCCUUGCCACCUUCCAUGAACCUCUUGCCCAAGAAACAGCUCCAGCCUGAAGCUCCGCCUCCGGCGUCACCGAGGCUCGACCCUUCUGCGGUGCGGACCUACUCAUGCUAACUCCUUUCGGCUUACUAACAGGAAACCCUAAUGCUAACAGUGCAUUCUCAUUACCUAUACGGACACAUGCUCGCGGCCUUUUGAGGGUGACGUGCCAAAACUCGGAGAGCGUAGGCUCAGGGUGCCGGUGGGGGCCGGGCCUGUCUCCUGGCGUGGCCCCGCAGGCCUCCCCCUCGCACCUUUCUCCUCCUCCUCCUCCAGACACGUGCGAUACAGAGGCCGAGUCUAACCUUUCGAACUCAAGGGGCUGCUCUCGCUGCGGUAGAGGAGACUCUCUCCGGUCUAUCCCGGUCCAACCCAGUGCUCCCGGUCCCCUUCGUCCUUGUGAUUUUUUUUUUUUGUGCUCCCAGGUCUACGGCUCGUCGUCUGCGUUUCCAACACGACACGUUACCCCCUCUAUCGGUUAUGCAAGGUACUACUCGAUGUGUGUGUGUAUAUAAAAUGGAUGACUUAUGUUUUUUAUGAAGUAUAUAUUGGAAAUAUAUAUGGAAAACGAUAUAUUGGCCGUGUAUUCAGUAGUGACUGUUCUCUCACUCUUUCCUUCUCUCCGUCGGACCUUAGUGCGUGUUUUGCUGUAAGUGGGCCUUGUUAGCGGGAGGCGCUCUCUUCACAGGUUCAUGGGUCCAAUUCUCUCUUUCCCUCCUUUCCUCUGUUGACGCCGCGUAGCCCCUCCCCCUUCCGUACCACACGAUGUAGCCUUGGCAACACAUGACGAGCCAAUCAUGGCGGCGCUCUGGACUCUGUAGCUCCUCUCCGACGCUGUGUUGGUCGUCGCAAACUGCUCCCGAGGACCCCUGUCCGGCCACCUCCAUUUUAGUUGCCAUGGCGACCUGCCAGCGAGAAGUCGGCCCCUUUUGGCCGCCCUCGUCUGUGAAAAGGCAGCAAAGUGCUAAAUGGUUUUUUUUUUUUUUAACUGUUUUCCAAGGUGUCUAUGAAGUGUAAUGUGCUAUGUGGCAGCUAUGAGUACCGUGUCUUUAUUCCAGGUGUGAAACAACGCUGACAUAUCAAGAUUUGAUUAUUUGGCUAUUUAAAAAACUGUACUGUAUCCAUGACACUAUAUAGACAUGAGUAAAGCUCUUUUUUACA